UGGCCGCAGUGUCCAGAGGAGGCAAUGGGAUAGGGUGGUGCUACAGGCAGGCCCUGUGCAGCCACCCUGUUCCUUAUUGUCCCCAGACUUUAACCAUUUUUUUUGCCAUGUGCCCUUAGGGACAGAUCUCAGUGGGACAAAGGACCUUCCAGCACGGCCUGGAGAAGAAGGAGGAUGCAAACCCUGGCAUCACACUGACCACAUGGCCAACACUGACAUCACAGCCACUCAGAGCAUGGCAAACACAAAGGAUUCUGCCCCCAGCAUGGAUUUUUUUGGGGAGAGAGUUGUUUCCCACCCAAACGAAGUGCCAGACUUUGUGAGGAACAUGCACCAGAGACUUGUAUCCAAUGCAUCUCCAAAUGACAGGAUGUUAAUGGACAUCGUGAGGCUGGCUGAGGCACACCCUGCUGAUGUCGCAGUCACCCUCCUGCGCCGUGCCCCAUCAUGUGACAGAGCUGCUAGAAUCAUGUGGAGGACAAUAGCCUCAUCAGAAAUGGCACUGGAGAAAGUGCUGCCAACACUGCUCUGUGUGCUGGAGGACUGGCCCCUGCACAGAGUGUCCGCCUCCGAUGGGGACAAAACGAAAGUCUUUGCCCUGGCUGCAACUGUGGUGGUUUGGGAGAUUCUCUGCCUGCCCUGGUGCCCAGCACCAUUUAUGGAAUAUUCCCCCCGCCUCCUGGUGGCUCUGCUCUUCCAAGUUUUUGUCAGCACAUUAGAUAUGCCAGAGGAGGUUAAUACCUUCUGGAAGGGAUACCAGGAGCAACUCAGCCUUCCCAUCAGCAUCAACAGGUUCGCAGUGCAGACCGUGAGGGCACUGUUCCGCCAUUUGCGGUGUCUGGAUUUACUGGUGGCAGUGGAACGCAAGUGUGGCUGGGACACGCUGCUCUGUGCUGCCACCCACCACUAUGCCAUGGGUCUGCUGGCCAGGGAGAUGCACCGUACCUCAAACCCCUUGUGUUCCUGCAUUGCGGAGAUUCGCCAUGUCUUGAUGCCCUUGUGUUCCCAUGUUGCGCUCCACCUACUCCAGCUGCUCAGCACACAGGAGCCACGCUGGGAUCUGCCUGCCCUGGCAUUCCUUGUGGAGGUCCUCGAGUGCCAUGACAUGAAGGAAUGGAGUGACAGUGCCCUGGAGAUCAUUUCAAGGCGCCUGCAGAGCAAAUCCAAGGAAAAGCGUCGCCUGGCACUCAGAGGCCUUGUGGUUCUUAGCAAGGAUCCCUCGCUGGCCGAAGGCAUCCGGAGUCUGACACAGAGCCUCAUGGGCCUACUGCAGGAUGCAGAUGGAGAGGUGGUUGCAUUGAUCCUCUCUGUAUUCCUGAAUGAGCUCGAGGACAGAGCCACUCUAAUAUCCAGUCCCACUGCCCUGCAGCUGGCUGAGGUGCUUCGGCAACUCUUUGACUACGACAACAGUCAUGUGCCUCUGCUCUCCAUUCGCCUCUUCCGAGCAGUGAUGGAGCUGGUAAUGGACAAGGGAAAAAAACCCCUGAAGAAACAUGUGAGCCAGAGCCUUCUCCCACUCUUCUUCCACUACCAUGACCAGAACUGGCAUGUGGCAGAGGCCUCUCGGGAAACGUUGCUUUGUGCGGCCAAGUUCCUGAAGAGAAGGCGUCUGAAGCAGCUGGUGAAGAAGGAAUCCACUGCUUCUCGGGAAACGCUUCUUUGUGCGGCUAAAUUCCUCAACAAGAGGGAUCUCAAAAAGCAGGUGAAGGAGGAGAAGCUCUGGAAGUUUGCCGAGUGCCUGCUGGCAGAGGACAGGAGCCGAGCGGCCGAGCACCUGCGCCAGGCCCUGCCCUACCUGCAGAGCCCACAGGAGCCCCUGCGAGAGGCGGCCGUCAGGUUCAUCGGGCGGUACUUGAGGAAGCAGCAAGAAGAGACCUGGCUCAUCUACAAGGCCCUUCAGGACCUGUCUGAUGACAUCAGCCCUACCAUCUCGAGCUUGGCACUUCAGACCCUGCAACUCUUAAGAGCUGCGCAGAGAGCUCCAUAUUCUUCAGGUUUCAGAAGGUGCAAGACCACUUCCAAAAGGGUGGGGGGUAGGGGCAGCCCAAAGGCUGCCUUGUGGGGCAGUUUGUGGAAGUCUAUGAACAACUAAUCCCAGGAGCUCCAUCUGCUGAGGCCACCUGGGCCUGCAGGGAAGACCUCAUCUCAGCACGGAAAUA